CGGACUGGUCAUCAUCACCAUCACCAUCAAACCCCAAUACACACAGAUACUCUGUCUCUCGCUCUCUGAAACCAACGAAAAAGAAAAAACACACGGAAAGUUAGAGCAGAGAGCGAUGGUGAGGAAGUGUAGGGAGAUUGCAGUGAUGGACGUGGCUCCGGUGGGUGUGAAGACCAGGGCUCGAGCGCCUCUAGCCAUGGCGACCGCGAACUCAGCGACCAAGACGAAGAAGAGGAAGCUCAAUGCUGCCAGGGAACUAAAGUUAUCGUCGCCGACGUCUUCCUCGUCUUGUGUUCAACUAAGGACCCGGAGAGGCCUGACGAUCACGCCGGAGACGAUGGAGGAACGUCGGUGCUCCAGCCCUAGCUCCGAUCACGAUGCGACGACAUCGUGUUGCUCGAGUAACGGAUCGAGCUCGCUGCUCUCGGAGGAGGAGAAGAGAAGCGAAUUCGUAGAUCUGCAGGAUGGAAAUGCUGAGGUUGAAACAUCCACGUAUAGUUGCUGCAGAGAAAGGAGAGAAACGACGCCGUCGAGCGAGCUUCGAGCAGAAUCGGACGACCUGGAUUCAACGGCUCGGCCAACCGAGGCGAAUUCUAGCUGCAGAUCAGCGGCGGAGAAGAAGCAGAAGCCAACGCAGUCCGAGAUCGAAGAAUUCUUCGCCGACGCCGAGAAGGACAUGCAGAAACAGUUCAUGGAAAAGUACAAUUAUGAUAUUGUCAACGACCUGCCCUUGGAAGGACGCUACGAGUGGGUUCGAUUAGAGCCAUGAAGAGAAACAAAGUGACUUUUCCAGCUACUUCCAAUUCAAUUAGUUUAAGCUUUUCUCUAGAGCUCUUUGCGUUAUUUUAUUUUUCUCUCAAAUUCUCUUCCCUUUGCUUUUGGCGUACAUGUACAGCUAGCUCUCUUUUAUGAGGUAGAAGAAGCGCUCUAGCUCUCUGUUUGUUCCUUGUACGGCUCUGCCAAAAAAUUGCAAAAAAUUCUCGUGAGAAAGAACAAACAGCUGAUCAAUAAACAAAGUUCAAUUCUCAUUCCCUUUA